UUCAGAACACAUAGCUGCGUACAGUCUUCGAAGCAGGGCUGGUGUCGACAAAAACACCGAGUCAAAUCUUCAGUUGAAUUCGGAUCAUCGUUAUUUGUUGGCCAUAGAUGCAAUUAAUUCCUAACGUGCAUCUUUACAAUGAAGUUCGUCAGGUUUCUAAUGAAAAAUUCUGCAUUAGCCAAUGCACCAAAACAUAUUGACCAUUUUUCGAAAUUCUCACCGUCGCCUCUUUCUAUAAAGCAGUUCUUGGAUUUUGGCUCCACAAAUGCAUGUGAGAAGACUUCCUUUGCCUUCUUGAGACAGGAGCUUCCGGUGCGGCUGUCAAACAUCAUGAAAGAGAUCAAUCUUUUACCCGAUCGGCUAAUCAGCACCCCGUCUGUGCUGAUGUUGCAGAGCUGGUACAUGCAGAGUUUGUUAGAUAUCUUGAACUUUCUUGACAAGAGUCCUGAUGACCACAGCGCACUAAGAGAUUUCACAGAGGCCCUGGUUAAGAUCAGGAACAGACACAAUGACGUGGUGCCCACCAUGGCACAGGGGGUGAUUGAGUACAAAGAGGCGUUUGGGCAGGACCCCGUCACAAGUCAAAACGUGCAGUACUUCCUCAACCGUUUCUACAUGAGCCGCAUCUCCAUUCGUAUGCUCAUCAACCAGCACACUCUAAUCUUUGACGGUACAACAAACCCAGCUCACCCCAACACCAUUGGGAGCAUUGACCCAAGCUGUGAAGUGGCAGAGGUGGUUAGAGAUGCUUAUGAAAGCGCCAAGAUGCUCUGUGAUCAGUACUACCUGGGGUCUCCCAAACUAGAAAUUGAAGAAAUUAAUUCUAACUGUCAGAAAGAGACAAUUAGCAUGGUGUACGUGCCAUCUCAUCUAUACCACAUGCUGUUCGAGCUCUUCAAGAAUGCCAUGAGAGCUACAGUGGAGACCCAUGAAUCUAGCCCCUCCCUUCCUCCAAUCAAAGUCAUGGUGGCACUCGGGGGUGAAGACCUCUCUAUUAAGAUGAGCGAUCGAGGUGGUGGUGUCCCUUUGCGUAAGAUUGAGAGGCUCUUCAGCUACAUGUAUUCCACAGCACCUACCCCACAGAUCGGCGAUUUCCAGCAAACCCCUCUGGCUGGUUUUGGAUAUGGACUUCCUAUCUCGAGACUCUAUGCACGGUAUUUCCAGGGAGACCUUCAGCUGUACUCAAUGGAGGGGUACGGCACAGACGCUGUCAUCUAUUUGAAGGCUUUAUCAACCGAUUCUAUUGAGAAGUUGCCCGUCUACAAUAAAUCUGCCUGGAGACACUACAAAGUGAGCCAGGAAGCGGAUGACUGGUGUGUCCCUAGCAAAGAACCCCUAAAUCUGGCUGUCUACCGGGCUUCAAAGUGAGCAGAGAAUUUACCAGGCCUGGUAACCUUGGAAACUGAACUGUCAACUUGAAGAACAUAGAGGAGGAAAACAGAACUAUCAUUUAACCUAUGGGGGAAGAAAGGAAUCAGGGCCCUGUCACUGUAGUAACAGUGAAAACCACAGAUUAACCCAACUUAUAAAAAGUAGCUUGGAGAGCUACACCAGAGUUGGACACUGCCCUCACAUUCACAAGGUCAAUACAUUUGAGAGUGUUGAAAGAAGCAGCCUUUUGUAAAAAGGACACGUAUAAGACAUUGGGAUUGUCAUUUUCCUUUUUUCAGUACUGUGUUUUUAUACCUCAUUUGGUUUCCAGUAUAUUAUAAUUAAUUGUGUGUGCCUCAGUUUUGGUUAUCAAUAUAUACAGUAGACCCCCAGAGUUACGAACACCAAACCUACAAACUGAACGCUCUACCGAACACCCCACUUUCAACCGGAAGUAUGCAAUCACUCAACCAUGCAUGCAAUGCAACCUGACAGGCGCUCCUAUAAGCGCCGUGCUGGUCACAGAGAAUGCAAAAUUUGUGUUACCAACAAAUGUAUCUAGAGAGGUGAGGCAGAUUUCAACAUUUUAGUUUUAAACAAAGCACAGUUUUUUUUUUUUUUCCAAGCCAAAUGAGCCAAGCUGGACGAAUGCAUUCAUGGAUGUUUCAAUCUGUGUUUUUGCUACAGUUACGAUUUCAAUGAGAACUUAAAUGUGGCCUUUUUUCAAUUUAUAGUACUGUUUUAAAGACUUUAGAACCACAGCAAUAUGAGUAUUGUAUUACUGUACUGUAUUUGUAGUAUUCGCCAGAUUGAGGGUGUAGAUAGCAGGUGUGCACAUUUAUUAAAACCACUGACUUACGUCGAGCAGGGGAAAAACAAAACCGAGAAAAACGUGAAGGCUUUGGCCAGGGGUGUGAGAGCCAGAGAAAAAGGGUGUGGCCCAGAACUUAAAUAGGGAGAUUUGGGUGGGGCAGAACAGGGGGGAGCCAUAGCCCCUGCCCCCUGAACAACACUUUAAGGUUACAAUAUUUAUUUGUAGAAUUGAGUUGCUUGGGAGUUUGCAAAAGUGAGAUUCUCUAGUUGCCAAAUACCUACACGACCUCAGUAACUGGCCAGUAUUGACCCACGAAAGCAUAGCACUUUGUUGCAGCUCAGAAGUGAUGCUAGAUUUUGCCUGUGUAGUUUUAUUUAUUUUGGAUAUUGAGCUAUGCAGCCUUAUCUCCAAAUACCUAGAAAUCAAGCAGUUCAGAAUCGUCUAUGCUGUCAUAUCGGGGUAGGUUUAAUAGCGACAGCCUGACUUCAGUACCCAGUGUAAUUUUACUAUUGUUAGUAAAACUCUAACAAGCAGCCAUGUUUUCUUCUUUUCAUUAAAUGUAUGAGAUGCUGGAAAAUAAUUUUAAGUGGAUUUAUGUUUCUCCAAUAAUGAGUUAAUUUUCCAAGUACUUAUUAGCUAAAUGCAGGUGCUGCUGUGGAAUCUUUACUUUCAUGAGGGUAGGGGUCUUUCUGAUUUCCUCAUUCCAGAAAGACAUGAACGGCAUUCACUCUGUUGGCUACUCUAUAGUGUGUUUUAUGGAAAGAGCAUGUCAGAGACUGUUCUGAGGUCCUAAUAGCAUUCUAAAGAAUUCAGUGUUGUUUGUUCUUUAAGAAAGUGUUUCUGUAUGUUUCCAUUUGAUUUUGAAGCUCAAUAAAUGCAUACUGAUGCACAAUAAAAA